AAAUCACAUUGCCCAGACAGAGGAAAGAGAGAGAUAGAGGGCAACACAUACUGAAACGACAGGAGAGAGAUAGAGGGCAACACAUACAGAAACGACAGGAGAGAGAGAGAAUUGAUGGUCGAGGGAUCUAAAAUUCAUCAGUUUCCUCCUCCACGGCACAAAGGAGACAGAGACUUGAAUUGAAGAGAAGGGGAUCUAAGUAAUUCAUCAAUUUCCUCCUCCGCCACUACCACCCCAAACAAGUCCACAUUUAGAACACUUAAUACUAUCUGGAUCGAUCGUCGAUCCCCCUCACACACACACCAUGUCUCUGAACAUGAAAACCCUAACCCAAGCCCUAGCCAAGACAGCCGCCGUGAUUGAAAAAACCGUUUCCACGACCGUACAGGAAGUCACCGGACCCAAACCCCUCCACGACUACGACCUCCUCGACCAGAUCGGGUCCGCCGGCCCGGGCCUCGCAUGGCGGCUGUACUCUGCCAAGGCCCGCGCCGGCGGAUCCUCUUCCCAGCAGUACCCCACCGUCUGCGUCUGGGUCCUCGACAAGAAGGCCCUCUCCGAGGCCCGAUCGCGGGCCGGGCUGUCCAAGGCGGCGGAGGACUCCUUUUUCGACGUUGUUAGGGCCGAUGCGGCGAGGCUGGUGAGGUUGAGGCACCCCGGGGUGGUUCAUGUGGUCCAGGGUUUGGAUGAGACCAAGAAUGCCAUGGCCAUGGUCACUGAGCCCUUGUUCGCUUCAGUCGCGAAUGCGCUCGGGAACUUGGAUAAUGUUGCAAAGGUGCCCAAGGAGCUCAAGGGGAUGGAAAUGGGAUUGGUGGAAGUGAAGCAUGGCUUGCUUCAGAUUGCAGAAUCCUUGAACUUCCUCCAUAACAAUGCACGUCUUAUUCAUCGAGCAAUAGCUCCUGAGAAUGUCCUCAUUACAUUAAGUGGUGCUUGGAAGCUUGGUGGAUUUGGUUUUGCUAUUUCAACAGAUCAGUCUGGUGAUUUCGCUAGCACGCAGGCCUUCCAUUAUUCUGAGUAUGAUGUUGAGGAUUCUCUACUGCCCGUUCAACCGUCUCUCAAUUACAUUGCUCCCGAACUGGUUCGGAGUAAGACAUCAUCGGUUGGAUGUUCUUCUGAUAUUUUCAGUUUCGGGUGCCUUGCCUACCAUUUGAUUGCUCACAAGCCUUUGUUUGACUGCAACAACAAUGUGAAGAUGUACAUGAAUACUUUGACUUACUUAUCCAGUGAGGCUUUUUCGUCCAUCCCGCCAGAGUUGGUCCCCGACUUACAAAAAAUGGUGUCUGCGAAUGAGGCUCUUAGGCCAACAGCCUUGGAUUUCACAGGUUCUCCCUUUUUCCGGAAUGACACUAGGUUGCGUGCUCUUCGCUUCCUAGACCACAUGCUUGAGAGAGAUAACAUGCAAAAGUCUGAGUUCCUGAAGGCGUUAUCAGACAUGUGGAAAGAUUUUGACUCCCGUGUGUUGCGGUAUAAGGUUCUUCCACCACUUUGUGCGGAACUCCGAAAUAUGGUAAUGCAGCCAAUGAUUCUUCCCAUGGUUUUGACUAUUGCAGAGUCUCAGGACAAAAGUGAUUUUGAGCUAUCAACACUGCCGGCUCUAGUUUCUGUCUUAACAACAGCUGCCGGCGAGACAUUGUUGCUUCUUGUGAAGCAUGCAGAUCUUAUUAUGAAUAAGGCUAGUCAGGAGCACUUAGUUUUGCAUGUCCUGCCCUUACUUGUUCGAGCUUAUGAUGAUAAUGAUGCUCGCAUGCAAGAGGAAGGUUUGAAAAGAACUAGUUCGCUUGCAAAGCAACUUGAUGCUCAGCUAGUCAAACAAGAAAUCUUGCCCCGUGUUCAUGGAUUAGCUCUUAAAACAACAGUUGCAGCGGUGAGAGUAAAUGCUCUGUUAUGUUUAGCGGAUAUGGUUCACUUGCUCGAUAAGCACUCUGUGUUAGAUAUCUUGAAAACAAUCCAACGGUGCACGGCUGUUGACCGUUCUGCUCCGACUCUUAUGUGCACUCUUGGGGUUGCAAACUCUAUUCUGAAGCAGUAUGGAUUAGAAUUUACCGCGGAGCAUGUCCUUCCGCUACUCACACCACUUCUCAUAUGUCAACAACUGAAUGUCCAGCAGUUUGCCAAGUAUAUGCUCUUUGUUAAGGAUAUUCUCAGGAAGAUAGAAGAAAAACGGGGAGUAACUGUGGCUGAUUCUGGAUUUCCAGAGGUAGUAAAACCUGUUGAUGGGCAUAAAUCGGAAGCAGUAGUAACAUCUACUUCACGCAAUAAUAAUCGUUCAUGGGAUGAUGAUGAUAAUUGGGUUCCCACCACCAACGGGGGAUCUGCCACAACCUGGAAACAAUCUUCCUUAACGAGUGGUAAUAAUAAUAUGCCAUCCGCUCGUCAGCCUGCUAUCAUUAUGGCCAAUAUUAAUAAUAAUGAUCAAGUAGCUGCUUUUGCAAACUUGCAAUCUUCAUCAGUGUCAUCUAUCCAGCAAACUGCAUUGUCGUGUCCAUCAGUUGACCUAGAGUGGCCUCCUCGGUCCUCCUCUUCUCAAUUGGGCAGUGUUAUUGACGAGCAAAAAAGUCAAAGCACCUCUGCGAAUGUGGAUGAUUUUGAUCCCUUUGCUGAUUGGCCCCCUCGGCCGCCUCCUCCUAGUGGGGACCGUAAUGCCUCUGGAAAUUUCAGCAAUGGCAAAUUAGCCUCCUCAGACAAAUAUGGUUCCAGUCAGAUGAGUACUAGUAGCAGCAGUAUGAAUGAUAGUUUAACUUUACGGACUUCCAGCGACCACAGUUUUUGGUCUGGUUCUAUUGCCAACACACAAAACCCUAUCGAGCCGUUGAGACAAAAUAAUCAUCAGGGGAGGAGCGUUAGUUAUAGUACUGUUAGUUUAAGCAACAGUGGGCUCCUCGUCAACCAGAAUUCGAUUGGGUUAUUGAAACAGCCGAAUCAGGGCAUUUCAGCUGCUAGUGCGUACACCAAUGAUAAGAAAACAACUAGUGAUCUUAGAUCCAUAUUCGUUGCGUCACCAUCAUUAUCAUCUACCAAGAAUGAGCAGACUGGUAGUGCACCAAGACUUGCUCCACCCCCACCAACUGCUGUCGGCAGAGGACGAGGAAGAGGAAGAGGGAGAGGAAAUCAGGACGGGAUGAGGCACACUGAGCAGCCACCACUUUUGGAUUUGCUGUGACGGGCAACCAGGGGGUCAUUCAUACAAAGAAGAGGCCAUUUCCAAACAGGGGAAGAUGGGAUUAGUCAUUGUCGAUCUCAGCCUGCACCUUGUGCCGCAUAUGCCCCAUACACAAUUGCACCUGCAUCUCUCUCUCUCUCUGGCAAGGGUGUUUGUAACUUUUUCUUUGUAUAUCUUUGUUGUAUGAUAUGAUAGUAAGUCAUUAUUAACACGUGUUAUUUUCUUGGUUUUGGUUUUUCUGAGUUUCUUUUCUUUGCUUUGCUUGUUUUGGUUUCUGAAUUUUUAUUUUUUGGGAAAUUGAGAAUUUUUUUUUUACCAAGAAUUUGAGGAAGUUUACCUGUGAAAAUUGUAUUCUUUACAGAGAACAGUCCGUGAAUGGCCUUGAGAUACAAUAAUACAAGAUGAAAUUGAUCAA